AUAACAAUUUCGUUUGGCAUAGUCGAUUAACAUUUAUUUUCUACUGUUUAUAGUUGUUUAAGAAAUAAUUAAAAUAUAACAAUUUGCUCGUAACUCUUUUUAGUGUUAAAAGAGACAACGAACAUGACGAUUGGUAAAAACAAUAAGAUGCUACAGCAUAUCAAUUAUAGAGUGAGAAUUAUUUUGCAAGAUUCAAGGACAUUUAUAGGCACAUUUAAAGCUUUUGAUAAACAUAUGAACUUGAUACUUGGUGAUUGUGAAGAGUUUCGUAAGAUAAAACCGAAGAAUACAAAGCAACCAGAAAGAGAAGAUAAACGUGUAUUGGGCUUUGUACUCUUAAGAGGAGAAAAUAUUGUUUCUUUAACUGUGGAAGGUCCUCCAGCUCCUGAAGAAGGAUUGCCUAGAGUACCUAUUCCUGGUGCUGCACCUGGACCUGGUAUGGGUCGUGCUGCUGGGCGAGGUAUGCCUGCUAAUGUUGCUGGAGUACCAGCUGGCUUACAAGGUCCUGUUAGAGGCGUUGGUGGACCUUCACAACAAAUAAUGACACCAGGCGGUAGGGGUCAAGUAUCUGCACCACCGCAAAUGCAUCCAGGUGGUCCUCCACGUAUGCCAGUUGGAGGUCCUCCACCUGGAAUGAUGGGCCCACCACCUGGCAUGAUGGGUAAAUUUUGUGGAAUGCCACCUAUGGGACGUGGAGGUCCACCAAUGGGUCCACCUGGAAUGAGAGGUCCACCUCCAGGUAUGAUGCGUGGCGGACCACCUCCUCGUCCAUAUUAA